GAACUGAGUUUUCUUCUGCAUUGACGGUUUGUCAUGAAACGUUUUGUUAUUGAACUGAAUCUGAUUUUACAUUGACGAGUUGUCAUUGAAUGCUUUGCAAUUAAACUGAAUCUGAUUUUGUCACUGAGCGUUUUGGUUAUAUUAAAGUGUUUAUCUGGCGUGCUUAAAAGUUUUACCCAAGGGCUAUCCAUAUUUACUUACUGAGUUAUCUCAUAGUUUUCCUUGUCCACCAUUUUAGGAAGCGAAACCGAGGACGGGGAAACCAAGGGGGAGUGACGAGUUAGAAGGCUAGCCACUUGGAAUUUGAUAUAGAUUUUAGAUACAGAUUAUGAUCUUAUGUGAUUUGAAUAAGUUUCGAGCCUUGUGCACUUGUGGGACUUGUCUCACGAAUGUACGGCGUCUGUCGCGCCUCGAAUUCGGGUUUUGGGGCGUGACACCGGUAACAGAAUAACAUGACCAUAUCGGAGACAAAACAGGCUGAAUUUAACAGAAAAUCAGUCUUUACAAUUAACUUUCAAAUCAUCAGGACAAUCACAUGAACUUCAAGUAGGCAUGCUCAAAUCCAUAAAAAUCAUAAAAAUUUUCAGUUCAAAUCAGUCAUACUUACUUUUGCAUAAAACGGGUUUAGUCCC